UGUGUGCACGCGCCUGAAAAAGUUGUGAGCGUGGAGUUGCGGCUCAGUUCGUUUGUUGGAAGUUCUUCCUGAAGGAUCUACCGGUCCGAGCGCGCGCGUGCGCCCCGUUUUUACGCAACGUUUUCCGCUCUUCCUCGCGGCGCGCGGCAGAACUUUCAGACAUGUCGGGCUCCAGGAUGCGGCUGGUGUCUCACCGGAACGUGGGGCUGCUGCUGUCCGCGGGUGGAGGUCCGAGCGCGCGCGUACUGAUCUCUCCACCUCUGUCCUCCUCCUCUUCUCCCGCCAGAGCUUUAUCAAGUCUGAGUGCCACGCGGCGUGGACUGCCCAAAGAGAAAAUGUCCGAGAAUGGGAUGUCCCGCGCCAAAGUGCUGACCAUCGACACCAUGAACCCCACCGUGAAGAAAGUGGAGUACGCGGUGCGCGGGCCCAUCGUGCAGCGCGCCGUGGAGCUGGAGCGGGAGCUCAGUGAGGGAAUGAAGAAGCCCUUCGCAGAGGUCAUCAAGGCCAACAUCGGUGACGCACACGCCAUGGGCCAGCAGCCCAUCACCUUCUUCCGACAGGUGCUGGCUCUCUGCUCGUACCCUGAACUGCUGAGCGACAGCAUUUUUCCAGAGGACGCCAAGAAUAGAGCAUGUCGCAUUCUGAAUUCUUGCGGUGGAAACAGCUUGGGGGCGUACAGCGCCAGCCAGGGCAUCGAGUCUGUGCGGCAGGACGUUGCUCGCUAUAUCGAGCGGCGGGACGGGGGUGUUCCCUGUGACCCCGACAACAUUUACCUCACCACAGGGGCCAGCGACGGCAUCGUGACCAUGCUGAAGCUGCUGGUGUGCGGCGAAGGCGCGGCGCGUACCGGCGUCAUGAUCUCCAUACCUCAGUACCCGCUGUACUCGGCUGCGCUGGCCGAGCUGGGCGCCGUGCAAAUCAACUAUUACCUGAACGAGGAGAAGUGCUGGAGUCUGGACAUCAGCGAGCUGCAGCGCGCCCUGAACGAAGCCAGACGCUACUGCAACCCCCGCGCUCUGUGCAUCAUCAACCCCGGAAACCCGACCGGUCAGGUUCAGAGCCGGCAGUGCAUCGAAGACGUGAUCCGGUUUGCCGCAAAGGAGCGUCUCUUCCUCAUGGCUGAUGAGGUGUACCAGGACAACGUCUACGCCGAGGGCUGCCAGUUCCACUCCUUCAAGAAGGUCCUGUUUGAAAUGGGCCCAGAAUACUCUGAAACCGUGGAGCUGGCCUCCUUCCACUCCACCUCCAAGUGCUACAUGGGAGAAUGUGGCUUUCGAGGAGGCUACAUGGAGAUCAUAAACAUGGACGAUGAGGUGAAGGCCCAGCUGACCAAGCUGCUGUCGGUCCGCUUGUGUCCUCCUGUUCCCGGGCAGGCUCUGAUGGAUCUGGUGGUGAACCCGCCGCAGCCCGGGGAGCCUUCGUACGAGCGCUUCAUUUCGGAGCGCACCGCCACCUUAAGUGCCUUAGCAGAGAAGGCCAAACUGACGGAGCAGGUCCUGAACACGGUGGAGGGGAUCCGCUGCAAUCCGGUGCAGGGCGCCAUGUACUCCUUCCCGCGCAUAACCAUCCCCGAAAAGGCCAUCAAAGAGGCCACGGACGUGGGCCAGCAGCCGGACAUGUUCUACUGCAUGAAGAUGCUGGAGGAGACGGGAAUCUGCCUGGUUCCUGGGAGUGGAUUCGGUCAGAAGGAUGGAACGUACCACUUCAGAAUGACCAUCCUGCCUCCGAAGGACAAGCUGAAGAUCCUGCUGAACAAAGUCCAGGAGUUCCAUCAGAAGUUCACCCAGCAGUACUCCUAAUCUGCUGCUCCUCAACCACCACAUUAGCUCCUCCUCCUCCAGAGGGGAAGGGGGGCGGCGUUGCCAAUCACUGUAAAAUGCGUCAGCCAGUGUGGGUUCAUUUGUCCCUAAUUUGUGCCUUUUCUUUGGCGACCCCGUGAAGGAAGCACUUCGGCCCGUGGAACUGUCCUGAGGGAGCGGCGCCUCGUGUGCUCUGGUAUCCUCAUGGACGGACGUGAACUCUUGUUUGUCCAAUCAUUCAGCCGUGUUCGUGUGGAGCUUUAAAGGCAACAGAAGUAGAGUUCAGCUGUUCACUUCAUUCCUGCAGACGAGGCAGUAUUGCAUGAAUAUUCAAUAGAAACAUUUUGUAGGAUAAUUAAAUAAAUGAAAUGACCUUUGCACUCACUCUUUACAUAGUUAAUUCAUUGUUUACAUAGUUUUAAUUCAUUGACGGUGGUGUGGACCUUUUUUUUUGCAUUAAAUGCUGUUUAAUUUGUAUUUUUUUUGCUUGAAUUUAUUGUUUACUAAUGAAUCUAAUAUUAAAUAACAUUUACUAGACAUUUCGGUCCUUUAGAAGGAAGACUCACAUCUUAGUCAUCGCCUUGUUCUUCUGUACAGUAAGGUUGGCUGGAAGGAAGUGAUUCAUUUUCAAAUGUUUGUGCUUUAUAAAUCCUUUUGGGCUAAAUAAAAGAUUGUAUGAUAUUUAAAGGAAUUAUAGCGUCUGCCUUUCUGAGUUUUUCUUUUUUUAAACUGUGUUCUUUUCGGCUGUAAAUGAAUAAAAAUGACAAAUGAACGUGA